AUGGCAGACCAGAUGAACCUCCCCAUUGUCGACCUGGACAUCUUUCUCAACCAGGAGCCGUCGUCGCCCGCCGUCGUCGCGGAGUGCGCCAAGGCCGCCGACGCCCUCAUCACCUACGGCGCCCUCGUCCUGCACGACUCGCGCGUGUCCCCCUCCGACAACGAGUCCUUCCUCGACCUCCUCGAGGACUACUUCGCCCAGCCCGAGUCGGAGCUGCGCAAAGACGAGCGCCCGGACCUCGGCUACCAGAUCGGCGUGACGCUCGAAGGCACCGAGAAGCCCAAGUGCGCCGUCCACGAGCCCUGCCUCGACGUCAUCAAGCGCCUGCACCCCUCCCAGCGGCCCCUCGACAUCUCCGCCCACCAGCCCGACCCCAAAUGCAGGUUCUUCUGGCGCAUGGCCGAGAGGCCGCCCUACCAGACGCAGUUCCCGGGCCUCAACGCCGCCAACGUCGUCCCAUCCGCCGACGGCAUCCGGGACCGCUGGGCCCCGACCAUGAACAAAUGGGGCGACUGCAUGAAGAACGCGGUCUCGAGGCUCUCCGAAAUGACAGCCAUCGGCCUCGGCCUCCCAGCAAGCUACUUUAGCGACGCCGGCGCAUACGGCCCGCAUCUCCUCGCGCCCACAGCCUCCAAUCUCGAAAAGUACGGCCAGAAAGACACCAUCCUCGCCGGCUUCCACACGGACCUCAACUUCCUCACCAUCCACGGGCGCUCGCGCUACCCAGGGCUCAACAUCUGGGCCCGCAACACGGGCGACCGGCUGGCCGUCAAGAUCCCCCCCGGCAACUACCUCCUAGUCCAGGCCGGCAAGCAGCUCGAGCACGCCACGGGCGGGCUCAUCAAAGCCGGCUACCACGAGGUCGUGGUCAACGAGCGCACCGUCGAGGCCGUCGAGCGCCGCAGGGCCCAGUUCCCCGGCCGGCCGCUGAUCCGCAUCUCCAGCACGCUCUUCUGGCACCUCAACUCCGACUUUGACCUCGCCCCCGUCCCCGAGCUGGCCGCCCGCGCGGGCAGGCUGCGCGACGAGCUGCGCUCCCUGGGCCGGGACGAGGGCGAGCCGCCCGCCUACCCGCCUACCAAGGUGGGCUUCCAGGUCCAAGAGGAGUUGAAGCACAUUGCGUUGAUGACGUAG